AACCUCCAACCCCCUUGCCUGCAGCCCUGACUGUCCAGCUAUAGCACCACAAGUGUUGGUGCAGGCAUGCUCCAACAAUGACACAUGCAAAGUUGGUGGACCCACAACAACUACUGACACCUGGACCUCUUAUACAUCUGAUUCGGAGGCAUCUUGCAAUGUUGUAGCCUCUGUCAGGCCACCACGGCCUCGUUGUGCACCAUUCCUCAGUUCUGUCACGGUUCCCGGCUGA